AUGCUUCGGACUCCGUUAGCGUGGUGGCCCCUCCAGUGCCCGAGUUUCGCCUGCUUGAAGGCCAUGAACCCGAUGCAGGCCCAUUCGAUCUCGUGGCCGAUCGCACUUCUUUUCAUCUGGACUGCAGGCAGCGUCUUCUUUGUGCUCAGGGCUAGAAGGCGUCUUCAUCUCCACCAAACUUCGACCCCGGAGCUCGUGCAAGCGAGCCCGUCAGACACGUUGAAGCACUCCGGAUCUACAAAGGAGUCAUUCAAGUCUGUCAGACAGACUGGAUAUGGAAAACCGGGUCAUUCGAUCGUUGGAGAGGAUCUAAGGACUACAUCGAAGAUCGCGAUGGCAUUCAGAAUGCUUAUUCCGGUUGCACUGUUUCUCUUGGUUCACGUUCGACUUGUUACCGCUAUUCUGGAUCAUCGUUAUGGGACGGUUAAAGAAGAAUCGGUACAGGCGCAGGUCUCGUCGGGGCUUCAGCAGGUGUUCCAGGUGUAUCAGCCUGUACCUUCCAUCUCCAGUGGAAGCAAAGGCUGUGAUCUGGAGCUAUUGCUUAUGGAUCAUGUCUUUGGCUCAAGCUAUGGCAAGCCUUUCGUCGGUAAAGCACAGAUGCCACGGACAAGAACCUUGAAUCAGGGCUAA